AAGCUAUUCAUAUGAUCACAUAAUUUCUCACAAACUUUAAUAUUCUAACCCCCACUAACUCGAAAGAAAAUAUGGCUAAGUAUAGAAAUUGCUCCCUUCUUUUGCUCACUUUUGGGCUAUGUUUCUUAGCAAUAAGCCAGAGAUCAGAGGGGUACAGGCUACGAUCGAGGUCGGAGCGGUCGAUACAGACGGUGGAGGGGAGAGAAAGGUGCGAGAUACGGAGCCUGAACGCGCGCGAACCGAACCACCGGGUUCAGCACGAGGCUGGUGUGACUGAGAUGUGGGAGCAGGAUAACGAGCAGAUGCAGUGUGCAAAUGUUGCUGCUGCUCGUCAUAUAAUUGAGCCUAAUGGCCUUUAUUUGCCUAACUUCCACAAUGCACCCAUGCUUGCAUACAUUGUCCAAGGGAAUGGAAUACUAGGAACAAUAAUGCCAGGGUGCCCGGAAACGUAUGAGUCUUUCCAACAAGAAGGAAGAAGAAUAUUAGGAAGAAGGGGAAGAACAGAAAGAGGGCAAACCAUGGAUGAUCAACACCAGAAGCUCCAUUUCUUCCGUCAAGGUGAUAUUUUGGCUUUGCCUGCCGGCGUCGCUCAUUGGUGGUAUAACGACGGAGAUGCUAACAUUGUCAUGGUUGUCAUGCAUGACAUUGGUAGUCAUCUCAACCAGCUUGAUCAACACCUCAGGAAAUUCUACCUUGCAGGGAACCCAGGAGCACAAGCCCAACACACAGUCUCGUUACGAGAACGGCGUUUAGCCCAUAAUAUAGGCAGUAACAUAUUCAAGGGAUUCGAUGUCGAGCUUUUGGCGGAGUCAUUUGGGGUAAGCUUAGACACAGCAAGGCAGCUGCAGUGUGAGAACGAUCGAAGAGGCAGCAUUGUUCGCGUCUAUGAAGGGCUUGGAGUCGUAAGGCCACCCAGAACCAUACGAGGAAGGUGGAUCGUCAACAACUCUACCACGUCUACUGAUAAUAACGAGAUGAUGGAAAAUGGACUAGAGGAGACUUUUUGCAGCAUGAGGAUCAGGGAAAACAUAGAAGAUCCUGAAAGAGCUGAUGUUUAUACUGCUGUAGGUGGGCGUAUUAGUACAAUUACAAGCUUUGAUCUUCCAAUUUUGCAGCAUAUUAAGCUCAGUGCCAAGCGAGGCUAUCUUUACAGGAAUGCAAUGAUAGCUCCACAAUGGAACAUGAACUCCCAUGAAAUAAUCUACUGUAUUCGAGGGAGAGCCAGAGUACAAGUAGUAGGCAGCAGUUCCCACAACAGCAGGCCAUUGUUUGAUGGUGAGUUACAGGAAGGACAACUCCUUGUGAUUCCUCAGAACUUCGCUUCGUUAGCAAUGGCAGGUGAGGAGGGCUUCGAGUGGAUCACCUUCAUGACAUCCGAGAAUGCAGUCUCAAGCUCGCUCUCAGGCCGUGCUGCAGUGAUGACGGCACUACCAGAAGAGGUGAUCAUGAACAUGUACAUGAUCUCAAGGCAGGAUGCUAGGAGGUUAAAGUAUAACAGGCGUGAGAUGACAAUUUUAAGCCCUAGGUCUACCACUAGGGGGAUUAGGGCUGCUGCUUAGAUUGGAGUUGAAGUGUUCUUGUUAGGAUCAAGGUUUCCUCUAGGUUGUUCUAAGGUAGCUAGUGUAACUUGGCUCGUAGGUUUGUGCAAUCUGAAUAAAAAGUUUGUCUAGUUUUAGAUGCUUUAGCUAUUGUGAAGUAGCUAAGUCAUGUACUAAUCAAGUUUUGGCACUGGAAAUAAAUAAUGGUAAUGAUCAUGGUCUUUAAAACUUCUUAA